AUGCAUUCCCUCUCGACGUUCGCUUGCCGGAUAGGCCUGUUGGCCUUGACGGCUCGCUCAGCUUUGGCGGAUUGCGUGUCUUUUGGCAUGGACUUUCAAGAUGGAGGUUCAUACUUCCAAAAUUCCCUAUCCAGUGAUCCAUUCACGUUUGUGUCGCAGUUUGAAGGUUGCGAUAAUGAUACCGCCACGAAUGUCUUCGUCGAUCCAAAUGGCGACCAAUACCUCUGCACGGAUACUAACCUCCAGCCGGAUGAUACGGACGAGCUGUCAACUUGCCCUUUGGACAAGGACCAAUUAUGGUCAGGUCCGUGGUCAAUCCUGAUCCUCAGCAACAAUGGCAAUGAUGCGCCAAUUGCCUAUGAGCGUGACUUUGAGCUAUCCGUCGGGCCCCAAAAUACAAGCACAGUAUGUUUUCCCAGCUUAUUAUCUACGCAGGUCGUUACUAAUGAGCGAUCUAGUACACACCCACAGGUAUUCCAGAAAACCUCCUAG